UCCCUCCCUCUCUCUCUCUCUUCCUCCCCCUUUCCUCCUCCUCCUCCUCCUCCCUCCCUCCCCGUGCACUCUCCAGCCCCUCUCUCUCUCUCUCUCGCUCGAUCCGCCGCUCACUUCUGUCUCAAUAUGUCUCAAGAUGGCGGCCAAUGUGGGAUCGAUGUUUCAAUAUUGGAAGCGCUUUGAUUUACAGCAGCUGCAGCGAGAACUUGAUGCAACGGCAACAGUGUUGGCUAACCGACAAGAUGAAAGUGAACAAUCAAGAAAGAAACUUAUUGAACAAAGCCGUGAGUUCAAGAAAAACACUCCAGAAGACUUACGCAAACAGGUAGCUCCACUAUUGAAGAGUUUCCAGGGAGAGAUCGAUGCAUUAGGCAAAAGAAGUAAAGAAGCAGAAGCGGCAUUCCUAAAUGUCUACAAGAGAUUAAUUGAUGUUCCAGAUCCUGUUUCAGCUCUAGAUCUGGGGCAGCAGCUCCAGCUGAAAGUCCAGCGCAUGCACGAUAUUGAAACUGAGAACCAGAAACUUAGGGAAACCCUUGAGGAAUACAACAAAGAAUUUACGGAAGUGAAGAAUCAAGAGGUGACAAUAAAAGCACUUAAAGAGAAAAUUCGGGAAUAUGAGCAGACCCUGAAGAAUCAAGCAGAGAACAUUGCUCUUGAAAAAGAACAAAAGUUGCAAAAUGACUUUGCUGAGAAAGAAAGAAUGUUGCAAGAGACACAAAUAUCAACGGCCUCAAAGCUGGAGGAAGCCGAACACAAACUGCAGACGUUACAAACAGCCUUGGAAAAAACACAGACAGAAUUAUUUGACCUGAAGACAAAAUACGAUGAGGAAAUGACAGCAAAGUCGGAUGAAAUUGAGAUGAUCAUGACAGACCUUGAAAGAGCAAAUCAAAGGGCAGAGGUAGCUCAAAGAGAAGCAGAGUCCUUGAAGGAACAACUCUCAUCUGCAAACAAAUCUCUCCAGCUGGCUAACCAGAUUCAGAAAGCACCGGAUGUGGAACAGGCCAUUGAAGUGUUGACACGAUCCAGCCUGGAAGUAGAACUGGCCUCCAAAGAACGAGAAAUUGCUCAGCUGGUUGAAGAUGUUCAGAGACUCCAAGGCAACCUUACCAAACUUCGGGAAAAUUCCACCAGUCAGAUCUCCCAGCUCGAGCAGCAGCUGACUGCCAAGAACAGCACUCUCAAACAACUGGAAGAAAAGUUGAAGGUGCAAGCUGACUACGAUGAGGUUAAGAAAGAAUUAAACAUCCUGAAGUCCAUGGAGUUUGCGCCAUCUGACGGCUCAAGCAUCCAGGAUGCUGCAUCAAAACCACUGGAGGUCUUACUGCUGGAGAAAAACCGCCUGCUGCAGUCGGAAAAUGCCACGUUGCGGAUCACGAACAGUGACCUGAGCGGGUCAGCCAGGAGAAAAGGGAAAGACCAGCCUGAGAGUCAGCGUGCUGCAACCUUGCCGGCCUCCCCUCCUCCUCAGUUGCCCCGCAAUGCAGGGGAGCAGGCUUCCAAUACUAAUGGUACACACCAGUUCUCACCAACGGGUUUAAGUCAAGACUUUUUCAGCUCAUCCUUGGCAAGCUCCGGCUUACCCCUGGCUUCUACAGGAAAAUUUGCACUAAACUCUCUCCUCCAGCGCCAACUUAUGCAGUCCUUCUACACCAAGGCAAUGCAGGAAGCGGGAAGCACAAGCAUGAUUUUUUCAGUAGGUCCCUACAGCACAAACUCCAUAUCUUCCCAAAGCCCCUUGCAACAAAGUCCAGACGUCAACGGCAUGGCCCCAUCACCCAACCAAUCAGAAAGCACCGGCAGCACCUCGGAAGGUGAGGAGAUAGACACCGCCGAAAUUGCACGUCAGGUCAAAGAGCAAUUGAUCAAGCACAAUAUCGGACAGCGGAUCUUCGGACACUACGUCUUGGGACUUUCUCAAGGAUCUGUGAGUGAGAUUCUGGCUCGACCUAAACCAUGGAACAAGCUGACUGUGAGAGGCAAGGAGCCAUUCCAUAAAAUGAAGCAGUUCCUUUCUGAUGAGCAGAACAUCUUGGCUUUGCGCAGCAUCCAAGGCAGGCAGAGAGAGAAUCCAGGCCAGAACCUGAGCAGGCUAUUUCAGGAAGUACCGAAACGAAGAAAUGGGUCAGAAGGUAACAUUACCACAAGAAUCCGAGCUACAGAAGUUGGUUCUGAUGAAGCUAUCAAAUCCAUUCUGGAGCAAGCAAAAAGGGAGCUGCAGGUACAGAAAACAGCUGAGCCGGCUCAGCCACCUUCCACGUCAACCAGCAGCAGUUCCGACGAUGCUAUUCGCUCCAUUUUGCAACAGGCUCGGCGAGAGAUGGAAGCCCAGCAGGCUGCCCUUGAACCUGCCUUAAAAGCCACCCCUCUGUCCCAAGCCGAAAUGUCCAUCUUGUCCUCAAAACUGAUCCCCACGCCUGCCGUUUCUUCAGUUUCUAGUUACUCUCCCCUGGCUCUGUCCUUGAAGAAGCACUCAUCCUCUGCGGAUUCCUCUGUGUCUUCCCUACAGACUGUCCCCGGGCUCAAGAAGGAAGCCCAAGAGGCCUCCCUUCUAGACCUCCACGGGAUGCCUGACUCGGCACAAGGCGUACUGAGGCACGUUAAAAAUGAACUGGGACGCAGUGGGGUGUGGAAGGACCAUUGGUGGAAUACUGUGCAACCUGACAGAAGGAACACAGCUCCUCCGGAAGAUCCCAAAAUGGAGGAAAGCACCAGUGGGAAAGAGAAGGCCAGCAACCAAGCUCGUUCAGACCGUAACCAGCAACUCCAAGGGCCCUCCUCCUCCUCGGAAUAUUGGAAAGAGUGGCCCAAUGCAGAAUCUCCCUAUUCUCAGAGCUCUGAACUGAGUGUGACAGGGGCAAGUCGCAGUGAGACACCCCAGAACAGCCCCCUUCCUUCUUCCCCCAUUGUUCCUUUAUCAAAGCCAUCUAAGCCUUCCGUUCCCCCAUUGACCCCUGAGCAGUAUGAGAUUUACAUGUACCAAGAAGUGGAUACGAUAGAUCUAACCCGUCAGGUCAAAGAGAAGCUAGCAAAAAACGGCAUCUGCCAAAGGAUAUUUGGGGAAAAGGUGCUGGGUCUUUCCCAGGGCAGCGUCAGCGACAUGCUGUCUCGGCCAAAGCCAUGGAGCAAAUUGACACAGAAGGGGCGUGAGCCAUUCAUUCGUAUGCAGCUGUGGCUAAAUGGCGAACUCGGACAGGGAGUCUUGCCAUCUCAAGGGCAACCCCAAGGCCAAGUCCUCCACUCUGUAUCAUCACUGCAAGACUCUCUUCAGCAGGGAUGUGUAAGCUCAGAAAGUACCCCAAAGACCUCUGCCAGUUGCAGUCCUGCUCCCGAUUCCCCAAUGAGUUCCAGCGACUCUGUGAAAAGCUUGACGGAACUGGUCCAGCAGCCCUGCCCGGCCAUUGAAACCAGUAAGGAAGGCAAGCUGCAGGAGUCGAGCGAGGCCUCGACUUCGGAUUCCCACUGCACAACCCCAUUGCCUCUCUCCGGCCAUUCAUCACUCAGCAUUCAGGAACUGGUCGCCAUGUCACCAGAACUCGAUACCUAUGGCAUCACCAAGCGGGUGAAAGAGGUGCUCACGGACAACAACCUUGGUCAACGUUUGUUUGGGGAAACGAUCCUGGGGCUCACACAAGGUUCAGUCUCAGACCUCCUUGCUCGCCCAAAGCCCUGGCACAAACUGAGCUUGAAGGGCCGGGAGCCAUUUGUGCGCAUGCAGCUGUGGCUCAAUGACCCAAACAAUGUGGAGAAGCUGAUGGACAUGAAGCGCAUGGAGAAGAAAGCAUACAUGAAACGGCGGCACAGCUCCGUCAGUGACAGCCAGCCUUCAGAAUCCUCUUCCACUGGAAUCGAUUACAGCCAGGGGGCCAGCCCACAACCGCAGCAUCAGCUCAAGAAACCUCGGGUUGUCUUGGCUCCAGAAGAGAAAGAAGCUCUGAAACGGGCCUAUCAGCAAAAGCCAUACCCAUCACCAAAAACGAUCGAGGAACUCGCCACGCAGCUCAACUUGAAGACCAGCACCGUCAUUAAUUGGUUCCACAAUUACAGGUCACGUAUUCGUCGAGAGCUGUUUAUUGAAGAAAUCCAAGCUGGAGGCCAGAGCCAGGCUGGGUCGAGUGACUCUCCUUCAGCUAGGAGCAAUCGGGCAGUUCACAGCUCCGAAGGAGACAGUUGUGAUGGGGUGGACCCGGAAGGCCCACCGGAUACAAAACAAGGCAACCUGGAAGCAGAUGAGUACAGCAAUGCAACCAUGAAGUCUCAGGGAGGGCGAGCAGCGUCGGCUUUCGAAGCAGGGGAAGAGGCACUGCGAGACGCCGGAUCUUCGGAGAAAACGGAGACAUUCCAGUUGGGAAUGGAGAGCUUGGAAGACACAGAUGACGAGGGAAGGCUCAAAGCACCACGUCAGGGUUCUCCACUGAGCUCUCAACAUUCAGGAGAAACUCUGGAGGCCAGGCCCAACUGUGCUCCAGAAGAGGAUGCCUCUACCUCAGUCCUUGUAGGACAGAGCUCCUGCAAGCCCAGGGGAGAAAGUGUGGAGAAAGUACCCAUUGUGCCAAGUACCAGUUCCACGCUGGCCAUCACCAGCUCUCAGAAAUCCAACUCACUCAAGAGCUUGUUCAGCUUUUCUGAGGCGGCGUGCUCCAAGAACACACGGGACAACACCUUGAGGAAAAAGAAGGCAGCAAAUUUGAACAGUAUAAUCCACCGUUUGGAGAAGGCUGCGAGUCGAGAGGAGCCCGUUGAAUGGGAGUUUUGAGAUUAAGCUCACCCAGCUCCACAGGGCUGGGGAAGUUAAAACUUGGACCUCUGUUGGUUUCUAUUGUGUCCCGCACUUACCGCCCUGCAGGCCACGGGGCAAAAAAAUGCCAUAGGCCAAGGUGCAUAUAGAGAACAAAAGGAGUGUUUUAAGCCCAGUUUUAUGUUUGUGUUUUCAAGGAAGAAAACUGAAACUUGUCCAGCUUUUUGUACCCUGAAGUGUUUCUAUUAAUUGCCCUAAAGUGAUUUCCACAGUUUCUGGGGAAGAAAAAAAAAACUCAUACAGCUUUUGCCUUCUGCCCUCCUCUUUGGUGUGGGCUUUAAAACAAAUAUAUAUAUACAAACAAGAAAAAGAAUUAAACCCACAUAUUUAAAAGGGGGGGCUUUUUAUCAGCCAUCUAAUGGCUAAACAGAGCGAUAAUAAUACACUAUUAUCUUCUUUAACCAGGAAAACAAAAAGAUGGGAGGGGAGAUUUUUUGAGAUUAAAAAAAAAGUUGUUUUGUAGCUCUUCAGUUGCCACUAAGAGAUUGCACAGUCAACCCGACUCUAAACACACUAGUUUGAAUUCCUAAAUAUUUUCAAGAAAGAGUAUUGUUUGAAACUUGGGGUUUAAAAAAAAAAACGCAUUUACUCCAUGUAUUUUUUAAACAGACAAAAAAAAAGACACAUCAGGAAAACAUCUUAAUUUGUGGUAGCUGACUUCAGUGUUUUUCUUGUAAAGUGGAAUAGAAAAUUGACUUGUAGUGCACAUUGUUUCAUAGCUUUAACUGAUUCUAGUCUCUUUGUUGGCUGGAAUUUGUUUAAUACACUCCAUUUUAGGCCAAAUCAGGACAGAAAAAAAAAGAAGAAAAAUUCUGAAAUCUAGGUAUUUUAUAAUCUGCUUUUUAACCUCUAACCACAAAGCACGCGGAUCAGACCUCAUUCUGGGAGGUUGUGGGAGACAGCUUGGAAGAGGGAUGUACUUGAUCGGUUCAGAUUAAAUUGCAUUAUGCCAGCCUUGCCAACAAAGUCCAUAUAAGUUACUAGUCCUCAACACCACCUGAUUGCACAAUUAAUCAUUGACCCAUGUGAUCUGUAAGGGAAAAAAAAACACCACCAGCUUUUUGAAAGAAAAAAUAAAUAAAUUACAUGGGCACCUGGAAACACUCCUUAACACACGCCAGGCAAUCAGGCAGGUGGCAUAAUGAUAAUAUGCUACACAAAAUAGAAUGUGUGGUAUUUAUUUAUUUAUUUUUUUAUAGAGAGGGGUUGGUUGGCAAGAAAGAUGAACCUGGCAUCAGUUUCAAAAACAGUGUGGUGGAACAAUGAGAAGCCUUACCCAACAAGAUGGGUUUCCGUCAUUCAUAGCUGGCAAUAGUUCGUUGGACAAUAUUACUUGGGCCCCUUAUUUUAGUAGGAUCUGGGGCUUAAAAUCAGUCAUUGUGCUGUUCUGGUCUCAGAAUACUCCAGAGAAUAAGGGCAACUAUUUCAGCCUCUUUGGAGUAUAGUUAAACAUCCCAAAAUGAUUACCCAUGGUCCCAUGACAUAUGCUGGUUACAAAAAGGAAGGGGCCCCAGAAGAAAAGUACAUAACCUUCGAUUAUCACAAUGUCAAACUACAGAAUGGCCAACCAAAGCACACACGACAGGAACUGUUCUCUCCCAAAAUAAUUAAGCUCUUCCUGUUAUUUUAUGACAGCCGCAGGGCCGAUCAAAGUACAGAAUCGAUUUUCCAAAUUGUCUCUAGCUUCUCCCGUUGUCUAUGUGUAUAUGCGUGAGCAUAGAAAUGUAUGGAGAAAUGAGUGCGCGUAUGUGUGUGUGUGCAUGUGUGCAAUUUUAUACGUUGGUAUUUUCUUACGUACUUGUGCACGCUUAGAGUGCAUUACUGCCACCUUUUUUCAAUAAGCUGUUUUAUCAGUUAUGGCUUCUACAGAUUUGCUGGUUUAGAUUCCUUUAUUGCCAUAUCUUUAAAACUAACAAUAGAUGAUUUUGGUGUAUAUGUAUGGGUAUGAAUGUGUGUAAGUGUAUGUGUGUGUGUGUAUACACACACACACACACACAUGCAUGCACACACAUACACACAUACAUGGAUAUAAUUAUUAUUAUUUUUUGGCUUAUUUAUAGGUGCUGUAUUUUAUUAUCUGAUUACUAGGAAAGGACGAAAGGGGCAAAUAUUCUUUAGAGGGAUAGACUGCCGGCAGUAUUGGGUUUAAUUUACAAGAUGUAGUUGUCAAACUGUAUAUUAUUGACAGAUUUUUUUUUUUUUUGGAGGGCCGUAUUGUGUAUCAUGGAAAACUGCUUAGGUCAACAUCUUUUGAUGACACUUUAAUGGUGCAUUCAUGACUUAUGUUCUAAUUAAUAUUUACUUUAUGAUAUUGUGGGAGGGGUUGGGGAAGAGACAUUCUGACUUUAAAAGAUAUAUUCCCAAUAUUACACCUCAAUGUAGUUGUAUUAAUUGGUCACUAAGUCUGUUUUGGGGAGGGGACAGUACUGUAAAAUGUGAAAUCACCUUCCCUGUGUAUUCUUUUUCUUUAUUUAAAAAAAACCAGAAAUUAGGUUUUUAUCAUGUCUUCAAUAUGCAACAGCAGCACUUAAUUCAAGUCUUCACAAAAUUAAGAGUUCAGUAGCUUUAACAACAGCAACAACAACAACAACAAAUGCCUUUUCAUGGUCCAGAACGAAAGCUCUAGGAGGCUGGAAGGCAGGUUUACUUUUCCCACUUUUUUCUGUUAAUUUUAUCGUUUCUCGGCUGUUUGGGGGAUACGAAAUGUUAUCUUUAAAAUGCACAAAGAGCUCUUAUUCUGACUUGAAGGUGCAAAUCUGCACAUACAUAAGCAAAAUUAGGGACAGAUUCUGGCUUGAGAAUCAAUAAUGGGGCAACAGCCACACUUUCCCUUUAGAACAGCAUUUCUCAAGCUUGGCAACUUGAAAGUAUAUGGACUUCAGCUCCCAGAAUUCUCCAUUCAGCAUAUUGGCUGGGGAAUUAUGGGAGUUGAAGUCUACACAUCUGCAAGUGGCCAAGCUUGAGAACCGCUGCUUGAGAUCUUAAGGCCUGCUGCUGGGGGCGUUUCUUUUUAGCUUUGGCAGGAUUUUUCUAGAAAAUUGACUUUAGAAUGGGUGGAUGGACAGUUACAGCAUGUGACAUGGCUUCAAACGAAAGGCCUGCCUUCCACAUACAAUGAGAAAUCCCUACUUCCUUUGCAACACCGGAAGCAGCUCUUCAUUCUCUGACAAGAUUUAAAAAACACUUGCGUUGCUUCACUUCCAUUAGGUUUUAGCUUUCCAGCAAGCACAGGAUUUGUUUUUAGCCUUCCAGUGUCUGUAUAUUUCUUUAGGCAAUGGAGCAAUAUUCCAGUUCUGGUUUAUUGUCUUCCUCUUAAAUACUUUCCAAUGUGUUCAGUUCAGUUAGCCAUUGAAGUUAAGAUCUCCCUUUUCCCUCAGUUUCAUUCUAUCAACAUCUUGGGUGCCUCUUCUCCAUAACGCAUGGAGAGAUAUCACUAAUGUGACACGGGGCGGCCUAGCAUUUGGGGUUUUGCCAUUUGCCCUAAUAAGCAAUAUUUAAGUGCCUUGGGAAAAAAUAUAUAUAUUCUCCUGUCUUUCAUGUGCUUUCCCAUCCAGAUAUACUUGGAUUUUAGCGAAGAAAUUACAAAUUCGGAUUUACCCCUUCUUUUCAAGUUGGGCAGUGCUUCCUGCCAAAGCAAAACGGUAUUGAUUCAAUUCUUCCCCCAGGGGAGAACCUGCUCAAGAACUUGUGGCUUAUUGCAACCAAUAAUGGUUGUAGAAUUUAAGCCAGCUAGAUCGAAUGAAAGGUGGUCCUGCUCUGCCCAUAGCUGCACAUUCAAUUCAGGAAAUUUCUGGAGAUUUAAUUAAUUUGGCACUUUAAUCAUAUUUGGGCUCUCUUGAUCAUUUCUGUUCUCAGUUUGAAAAGAGAGGUUGUAAUUGAGAGAACCAGGGUGGCCAACAUUUCUCAAAAAUCCAUAUCUAAUAAACAAAGAUGCCAUUAGUUAUCCCAGUGUUGGUCUUAAUGGUUUGACUACCAUCUUGGCCUAGCAUGAUAGAACUCUACUUUCUAUGGGUAGGUUUAGCUCUAUUGGAGAUUUUUGCCAUACAGAGUUAGUGACAAGUUUUGGUCAUUAUCAGGUCAUUACUUGACGCUGUGUUUUCUGACUGAAGUUCAGGAGAUUUUGGAGGUGGGUGCCAUUUGAGAGUUUUCUUUGUGUCUCUGAAAAGAUUUAGCUACUGUUUCUGGUGUUCUUUACCUAUUGACUGGCAGAUCUGUGAGUUGUACUCCCAAUACUUCUUGAAGUUUGACUGGAUGGUGGGAGGCUAUUUGAUGCCUUGCACAAGAGAACUAUAAUUAAGAAGGAAGCAACAUUCUGUAAAUGUAUAUUUUCUGAUUCUGUCCCUUAAAUUGUAGAAGUACAUCGCCCGGUUAAACUAAUUGGCUGAAGAUUUACUCUGCUUAAAGCAAUUGCCUAGACCCUUUUCAAUCUUCUCGUUAGCCAUUGAGGAAGGAUUUGUGCUUGGCUGCCUGCUCUAUUGCCCACUGUAGCCUCAACUGCCCAUUUGGUCCACUGUCCACUGGUGAAGAUUGACACUUUAGUCCAUUUGCAACUUAAAUCACUCCUCCCUUCCACAUAUAUACAACACUUUUCAAACUAGUGGAUAGGGUUGACUGCAUUUCUAACUAGACUUUCUGCCCCCUGGCUCACGAGUUAAGUUAUGAUGUUGAUUGGCUAGUUGGGACAGGGUCAUUGUUUUCCCGCCUUUUUGUGCAGACUCAGCCAGUCGUGGUUGAUUAAGUAAACAAUUUUGAAACAACCCACAGUGUAGCAUAAUGUGCAAUCUCUUUCUGUAUUUUUGGUGUGUAUCCAUCUAUCUUCCAGACACUCAAGAAAUAGGGUUUUUUAGAGUCAUCCAGAAAAUGCUUCUUUUACUGAGGACUCUUGAUGAGAAUAUCUGUAACGCUAGUCAGUUUUUCUUGGAAAAAGCAGCCAUCCCAUCUACCUAUCCUGCCAUGCAUAUACACUCCAUUCAGCUGUAACCCUGCCUAGCACCCCAGUUUAAAUCAAUCCCCUGUCCGAUAAAAUACCCAGAAUCCUCAGCAGCAUGCUGUCUGUCAUUCCAUGACUGACAUGCAGUUGUAUUUCUGCCAUAGAUCAUAUUGCUGCGUGUGAGCUUUGCUCAUCUGGUUUCCACUUUAGAGAUUUAUAUUAAUUUCACAGCCCUCCUUUGAAGCCCAGUUUAGCCACAAGUUUUCAGUCAGUUGUGAGUAGAUGGUGCACCUUUUACUUUGCCUACAAGGGGCAGAGCAGAGGCCAGUUGGAGUAGCCAGGGGACGCCAGCUUUCCUGUUCCAAAGAUAUAUUUUUUUUGUCAGCUAAUUUCAGUCUUCAAUCAACAAGGAGAAUGACUGAGCAACCUUCCUCUUUAACUGUCACCGAGAUAGGUAGUGUGGAAAGGAACUCCUUUAUUUCCAUAUUGCUCUGUUUCCCUUUGAAGUGGGAUUAUUGUAAUGGAGCAUUCAGCCAGCCUUGAGCAACAACAGGAGCUUUGGAUUUCUUAGAGUUUAUUUGAAAUAGGAAAAUUACAAGCUGCACUGAAUUGAACUUACAAUUAAGUUGGCACAGGAGUAUCAGCGCCCCUCUUAGGAUAAUUUGAGUUCUUCCUAUACUCUCUGGUGCCAGAAAGUAGUUGACAUAAAUGCAUUUAUCUGAAGAGGGAAGGAAAUUAGCUUGCAGUUUUGAGAGGCCAAACUGACUGACUGGCUCAUAAGGAGACACUUCAGCUUGUUCUUUCAAUCAUUACGUUUAGCAGAGGAGAACAAUUAUGUACAAUGACUUUGCUUUCAUGAUACGCGGAAGCAGAAACUUGCCAACCACAUUUUGCUCUAGCAUAUUGUAUGAAAACACUCCAUGGAUUUGAUUUAUAGUUCUGUGUGUUAUGCAACCCUCCAAAAUGGAGUUGAUUCUGCAAAACAUACUUUAUGGCAAAUGUUGGGCAGGUAUAGGCUAUAUUUUGAUUAUGGCAAACUAGAAGGAUAGUGUUGGAAAGCUGGAGUCAUAUUUGUACAGAAUUAUCCAAAUAAAUUGAAUUAAGUUGGGGGUUCUUACUUACAAGCUAUGACUAUGACUAUUAAACCUGGCUGCAAAAUCUCCAGAAAACCACUAGAUAACAACAGAAGCCAUUCAGAAUCACUUGGUUGAGUUGGGUGGCUACAGAAAUAAGAACUUUUGUAUCUCUGCUGCCAUCUAGAAAUCAUCUGGAUUUUUGUAGACCAUGUGUACUAAAUGUCCAGGUAACCCUGCUUUUCUAGUCUGUGACUGAAAAGCCAGUGGUGCCAGUGUAUUCCAAGCUAAAGAAACUUUACAAAAGAAACUACUGAUAUUACAUUUCAGUUUGCUAUUUCAGUAUGUAGAAAUGCUGCCAUUUAAAAUAAAGCAAUAAUUUGUGGUUUUGACAGGUAGCAGCGCACUGUUAUUUUAAGCAUUGUGAUGUGUUUGGAUGUAAGAAUAGUUUAAAAUAAAUCCUUAAAUAUGCAGCUCCAAAUAAGAACUGAGAAAGCCACAUAAAAAAAAACAGUUCUAGGACAUUGGUUGAACAGAAAUUCAGAUACCAUAGUUAAAGUGCCUCGGCUACUCUAAGACCAGCAUUUUCCCAACUUGGCAUCUUCCAGAUGUAAGAAGAACUGAUAACUGCAAUUCCAACAUAUCUAGAAGAUACCAUUUUGGAGAAGGCUGCUUAAAAUGAGUUUUUGCUUUCUUUAUGUACCAGUCAUUUCCAAAAUCAGAGAGAUGAGUCUUAAAGAUUUAGUGAAGCCUUCAUGUACAUCCUUCUGGUGAAAGACAGAAUGCCUUAGAACAGGGGUCUCCAACCUUGGCAACUUUAAGACUUAUGGACUUCAACUCCCAGAAUUCCGGGAGUUGAAGUCCACAAGUCUUAAAGUUGCCAAGGUUGGAGACUCCUGCCUUAGAAAAUUGUAGUUGGCUACUGCUAUGUUUUUAAAGGGGGAUUCCCAAGUUCCAUUUCCUGAUUCUUUUUGUACAGAAAUUUAAAAGUAAUCAAGUGAACCAAUAAAUCCUACUUUUGUGAAAGGUAAUUUGAAGGCAAAUGUUUAGUGUUAAUUGAGUUAGAUUGAAGAGACCACGACCAAAAAGUUAGCAAAAUUAUACAGACAUUCUGUUUGGUUCCCAGAUGCCUAAUUCCUCUGAAAACAGACUUUUAUCAGUGAAUUUGCUGAGAUCCUUACAAAAAUUCUUGAAGUUGUUCAAUUUUUUUAAAAACUUGUUUUAAACAUUUAGCUCCUGCUGUGGGCAACAAUGAGUACUGUUAGAUUACAAUCUAGGGCCAGUUCUGAGUGUGUGUGGUCGAAGAGGGGCCAGAUUCAUUCAGGAUUGGACUGUUUGUGUUCAGGUUCUUUAUAAAACAUUGCCUUGGAGGCCUCUCUUUUUUCAAAAUGGGAUUUCCACACAUACAGUGGUACCUCGAUACUCAUUGUUAAUUGGUUCUGGGAGGUGUGAUGAGUACCAAACAGAUUUUUCCCAUAAGGAAUAAUAUAGUGAGUCACAAGGCAGAUGACACCGACAAGUUCUAGCUUGUGCAUUGAGUACCAAGCAAACAAUGAGUACCGGGACGAAAAUGUUCACAUCAAAAUGCAUUGAGUAUAAAAUUUGCUGAAUUUCAAAGCAGUUGAGCACCAAGGUACCACUGUGCAUGCAAAUGCUUGUUUUUGUCUGAAUCCGCUUUCCUCAAUUGUACACUCUCAGAUAUGAUGAGAAUUGUAACCCAAAAUCUGAAGGAGUCUAAGUUGGGCCUGGCUUUUAAAGUGUGCAUUUAGACUUGCAGGUACCAUAGUUUCUGGGGCAAGGAAACAUAAGAUAAAUAUAACUUGUCAAAAGGUUUUCUUUCUACUGAACAGUGUGUGUGUGUUAUUUUUCAUUAUAAUGGUGUUAGCAUAGUGAAAAGUGAAUAGAUAGCAAUAAAAUACCUAAGGAUGGCUUUUAUACCCUAAGAUCCAAUCCUACUGACUGGACAAAAUAUCCAUUAAUAGCAGUGUGCUAGUCUCCAGCAAGGCUGUCUAAACUUGGCAACUUUAAGGCUUGUGGACUUCAACUCCCAGAGUUCCCCAGCGAGUUUAAAGUCCAAAGGUAUUUAAAGUUGCCAAGGUUGGACACCCCUGGUUUACAGUAAUAUCUUUUAAACUAGAAUCAAUUUCAGUCCAAUUCCAGCUAGCAAAGCCAACCAUAUUGAGUUGGAACCACGUAGAAAGGUGUCUUCCAUUAACAAGAUAUUCUGUAUUGUAUAACAGAGCACUUAUAAAUAUAAAAAUCCAAAAGUGAAAUGUUUAUAGAAGCAACCUCCAACAAGCAAGGACAUGAAUUCUGUUACAACCCCUGAAUUGCUGAAGUGUAGGCAUUCAUAGAUGGAUGCUAUUCUUUUUCUUCCUCCUCACUUUCUCAGACUGUGAAAAUGAUCCCACUGUCCAUUAGGCUUUUUUGAAUACUCCUACAUCGGCAUUUUCCGACUUGGCGUUCCUGCAGUUGUAUGGUGCAUGAGGACUACAAUCCCCAAAAUCCUAAGCUUCAGGAGGGAUCAUCCCAGCACAAGUUUUAGGGGCUUCAGGAUAUGAGAGGCUGCCCAAGCUCAGGUGCACUGAAUAUCUGACAGAGCUCGAUUGUAGCAAUUUUGUCCCAAUUGGGGAGCGUAUUGCUUCCUUGGACUACCUCUCUAUCUGCUAUACUAGCAGAAUAGUGUAACUCUUUUAACUCCUGUUAUUAGUUUUUCUCUUUCCGGUUUUCUGCUGCUUUGUAGUGCAUCCAUCACUAAUCUCAUUGUUCUUUUAUUUAAAAAAUAAACAAUGCGUGGAACAAUCUUCUGAAAUAAGGCAGAGUGAAAAUAUCACCCACUUUUUUUUAAUGACAAAAAGCUUUCUGAGACAAUUCCUGGAUACUGUGGCUCUUUCGUGGAGUUAAUUGGUGAUUAAUUAAUAAACCAUCUGAGAAUUGUCCUGUCUUCUGAGGAACUCACAAUUCUUUGUCAUGAGCAAAAUGCAGGGAAGGUCCAGGGAAAAUAAGAUCCUCAACAUAGACUGACUGUGGCCUCAUUUUCUUUGUGAGGGUAAAAAAAUGGUAUCUACAGCAGGGGUCUCCAACCUUGGUCCCUUUAAGACUUGUGGACUUCAACUCCCUGUGUCCCUCAGCCAGCAAAGCUAGCUGAGGAAUUCUGGGAGUUGAAGUCCACAAGUCUUAAAGGGACCAAGGUUGGAGGCCCCUGAUUUACAGCAUCGGGAAGUCUCGAUGCAAAUAAGAUGCAAAUUAGCUUCAAAAGAUUUACCAAUAGCUUGAUUUUCACUCCAGUGGAAAUAGCUUUGGUUUAUGAUGACACAAUAUAGAAAGACUAGGUGUGGGUGUCUUAAUACAGCAAUUAAUUUUAGGUUGUUUUGUUUGCAUUGUAGAUUAUUUUUGUAUAUUGUUUGCAUGACAUCUUUCCUUUAUUGGCCUUGCUCUGCUGUAAAGAUAUCUGUCUUGGUUAAAUUCCAACUGCAGGUCCAUUGAGCACGUGAUAGACACACCUGGUUGUCCAGGGUGAGAAACUGGAUAAGGGUACCAUGCUAUGUCACUUAUCCAAGGGUAAGCCCCAUUAAAAUCAGAAGGGCUAACUAACAAGUCAACAUAAAUAAGACAGCAAUAUCAACCUUAGGACUGCAAAAUUGUUCAUUUGAAAGCUUGUGAUCAGAGCGCCUGGGAAAGCAUCUUUCAGCCCUCAGUCAGCGUAAUAGUCCUCAAAAGAGUUCUGGAAUCUAAAGCUAAAAAAAAUACCUUCCCAAAUGCACUAAACAUAGCUAAUACUUUAGGCAGAAUGUGAUAAACUGAUACUUUGUGCUAAGUAAUAAAUUAAUAUAUUGACUAAAUCAAAAGAAAUUAUACUACUCUUCCUUUAUCCUUAGGGGGGUGGGAAACUAUGUUCAAGGAUCUGAUAGAACAAUGACGAUCUUUAAUGUUCUUUUUGAUUGUGCAGCUCUUGAAUUCAAAAACAGAAAUGUAUUGCAGGCACAGUACAGGACCUCCCUGCAAUCCCUUGAAGUAGCCACAUGUUUUUGUGAGAUUGUCUUGCUGCUUUCCUACACCAGCCUCUCUUACGUUAGCAGCUUGUUGCUCUGCUGAGCACCCAUAGUCUUCAACCAGAAAGGUAUUCUAGACAAUUCUAAUUACAGUUACAACUUGUCGGUGAUUACACACACUAGAUAAUCAAUAGAAAAACUGCAGGAAUAUUAAUUGAACCUUUUUCAGAGUUCGUUGUACCUCACUGCCCAUCGUCAUUGAGCAUUGUAUCUCAGUCAUGUUCUUUGGGCUUGAUGGGAGAUUGGAGUCCCAAGAGCUUUUGAAGGGCCACUGUUCUCAAAUCCUCGAAUCAAUCCUCUAUCCUUUGAUUGCUCGUAAAAGAUUACAGUAAUGAAACCAGGUGCCUAGAUCAUCCCUUUUUCUCUCAAAAGGAAAGAAUCCAUGAUUUCCAGAGAUUAAAGGCUUGCUUUACCUAAUUUGAGCAUUAGAUGCACGAUGCAUCCUACUUCCUCUGUGUAACUCUAGAUGAGCUGAGCUGGAAUCGGCACCCCUUGUUUUCAUACCUGCAGAAUUUUAAAUGAUAGAAUUGCUUAUAAAAUGAAUAAAUGUUAAUUGAAUGAACUUGUCCCCUUGUUCUUCAAAAGUAAGGGAGAAUCACUGUUAAUUCUGGGCAUGCUAAAGUGUAAACCAUCUGUUGUUUGGCACAUGGUGGCCAAAAGAAGAAUCGUGCCAUAACCACUUAGCAUUGGUUUCCUUGAGAAAAAAUGAUGCGUUCACAACAUGGGUCUUUUCUUUAGAUUUUCUUUCCAGGCAUUGUGCAUUUAUGUCCAUCAGGGUGUAAUAUGGCCCUUUAUAAUUAAAAACAUGGGUUAGGGCACAUGCCCACCUCUGAGGCAAGGAGUUUGGCUUUACAACUGUCACAAACUUUGUCUCUUAUACUCUUUUCCUUUUGUCCCUUCAGCUUGUCGCAUCUUCCUCAAGUUUCAUUCUGUUCCAUACUUUCAGGCAAACCUUUUUUAGACAUUCUUGACAAAAACUGGAAGGGUUUUCUGCUUGCUUACUUGCCCAUCAUCACUUCAUUUCCACUCCCUAAACCAUCUUUAUCCAUUCUCAGUCGUUUCUAGACUAAACGCUCUUCACAGAGCGCCAAUCAAUAAACAAGAGAGGCACUUAGAGUGAUGGUGAUCAAAUUAUAAUUUGCUAGCCCUCCUCCACUCACAUAAGACACUUUGGGGUACUGCAGCUGCGCAUUGCAGAAUUCCUUUUCCUGAUAAUUCUACAAUAGUAUUGCUAGAUAAACACAAUGGCAGCAACCUAAUAAUCAUCCACAUCCAGAGAAUAACCUGUCUACCAAAGCAUUCCUCGAUCUUUCCAAUUGGAGCACUCAAGAGAAGCUCAUUCCAGUUUAACUGGGACUUCUUCAAACAGAACAAAUGCCUCGGCUUUCCUGUCCCAUUUAGCGCUCACAAGUGAUUUGAUUUUUAUUCAACUGUCUCUCAAGCAUGUAUUUAUGUAAAGCAUAUUGACCCUUAAUACUGUUGUUCUUUUGCCCCUAAUAGUCUUGGCUGCAGACUGUCUGUGGACACUCUCGUCCGAAUAGGUUCCUCUGCAUAAAUCGCAAAUGAACUACGGGCAUGAGCUUCAGUCAAGACCCAUAGACUCUUGUAUAUCUGGGUUGUUUGUAAAUAUGUAUUUUUAAAAAAAACAAAAAAAAAUAUUUAAAGAUAUUUUGAGCUGAAGAAUUUCAAAGGAUAAGAAAAACGGGCGCACGAAUGCAUAAGAAUCCAAGACAGAAUUAUGAGAUGUUUGAAGGGCCUCAGCCUCCUUGAGCCUAGGAAGUGAAUCCAUGAACAGGCAUUUUUCCCUUUCCCAAAACAUAUCAAGAUUUAAAAAAAAAAAAAACUUCCCUCUGAAAGACGGCUUUCCUCUACCAAGAUUGCUCUUAAGCCUCUGUGUGGUUUUUACCCUGAGUUUGCAAGUUGUCUUUUUUUUUUGCAUGACUUUUGAAAAUCCCCAUGAUAACUAGCUACAAGGUUGCCUGGCAGCAUGGACCAUACUACAGUACGUUAGCGGUGUUCAUUGAGUGACAUCUACUACUAGUUUUCUCCUCUUCGUUUUAAGAGUUCUGUAUUCACUGCUUGUUGACUCUCUGAACUAGACUCUACGGCAGGAGUCUCCAACCUCGGCAACUUUAAGACUUGUGGACUUCAACUCCCAGAAUUCCUCAGCCAGCUUCCUCAGCAAGUCUUAAAGUUGCCGAGGUUGGAGACCCCUGCUCUAUGGUACAGCAAUGGCAAGCCAUCGAGUGUUGGCGAUUACAGUUCCCACAAUAGCUUGCCAUUGCUUGUGCAAUCAGGGCAGAUGAGUAUUGCAAUCCAAAGCAUCAGGCGGGCAUGUCGUUGCCUAUCCUUGUGCAUGGCAAUGUUCAGCUAGUCCCCAUGGUGACUUGAAGGUUCUUCAAGGCUUCACCUCAACCUGUUUUGGGAUUCGUUAGGAAAUUAUCUUUUGGAAAGGGACAGUGAGAGAGGGCGGGACUUAAACCUUAGAAGCAAAAAUAAGUCAGAAAUAAUAUAGAUCUCAAAGCAUCCAUUUGUUUGUCUUUCUUCCCACCAUGGUAGAUUCAUGUUUUAUCCUUUGAUGGUGUUAGAUACACCACUCUGCCUAACAAUUAGCUGGCCAUAAAGGUUCUUUGCACACUUAACAGCAAUGUGUGUGUGGGGAAGGUGAGAAUUUUUUGGAAGGAAAAGAGAUUGAAUUGUUUAUCAGCAAUAUGGGGGAAAGGAAUGGUAGAGUGUGGAAUUCUUCUGCGUGAGGGUAAUCAGGUAGUCCUCAAUUUACAGCCGUUCGUUUAGUGGCUGAAGUUACAACAGCACUGAAAAAAGUGACCUAUAACCGUUUUUCACACUUAACGACCAUUGCAGCAUCCCCGUGAUCAAAAUUCCGACGCUUGGCAACUGACUCAUAUUUAUGACAGUUGCAGUGACCUCUUUUUUUCCCCCCGACCUUCUGACGAGCAAAGUCAGUGGGGAAGCCAGAUUCGCUUAACAACCGCGGCAAGAAAAGUCGUAAAGUGGGGCAAAAUUCACUUAACAAAUGUCUCACUUAGCAAGAGAAAUUUUGGGCUCGAUUGUGGUCGUAAGUCGAGGACUACCUGUACUGAAGAGAGGCAGCAGUUUAUGUAAAAAUAGAAAACGAUUGAAAAGUCCUUGCUUUGGAGGGGGGAAAAAAGCAAAUAAUAAAAGAUCCAUUUAUGUGACAGAGAUAGCCACCCCUGUAAGAUGCCACCAUGCUCUUGAGAGGGGACAUGGCAGGGCCCUGGAAGUGAGAAGUUAAAUGACACUUAGUCUUUGGGGCAAGACUGCCCUGCUGCAGGCAUCCAUUUGUGGCAUGCUGGUGUUCCAUUUUUCCAAUAGGAAAACUAACCCACUAGUCACCCAUCGCCCCUGUCUACAUCCUGUCAGGCAGUUGGAACCUGGAGAAAACAAUGAGGGUGGGGGGGAAGAAGCUUUUUACAAAAGGAAGGUUUUAUUGUGGAAGAUUUUCUUUUUAAUUUCUCUCUGAAUAGUCUAUGCAUUUCCAAUUUUAAAAGCCGUUUUCUGCUGAUCUUCCCAUCCCAAUCUCUCCCCUCCCCCUCCCCCCAAAUCAGGCAAUAUAUAAUCUUACUCUGAACAAACCUCUGAGGAAUGUCAUAUCUGCAAAUUUGGACAUUUAAUUCCAAAGUAAAUGGCAGCCUUGCUUAUUUUAUUUUAUUUUGUGACAUGCAGAUACACAGACACACAAUCCAGUUGGAAGGUCUUGCAUAUUCCAACCCUAUUGAAUUGGGGGAGGGCGGUGCCUAAGAUUUUGCCAUUUAGUUAUGCUCUGAAGAAUUCGUUUUUAUUUUAUUUUAUUUGUAUUUUUUAUUAUUAUUAUUUUUUUUUGCAUUUGUGCAAUAACUACUUGCCAUUUUACUGGGCUAAUCUUUGGACUUGCCCUGACUACUAACACAGCACAAAAAUGAACUCGAAACACAAAAAAAAGGUGUAUUUUUUUUCCUGAGAAUAUUUUCUUUUUAAAAAGAAAAAAUAUUGAUAAGCUCCAUUUUAUCCCCGUGUACUUGUGGUGUCCAACAUUUUUAGCAGUAUUUUAUAAAUAUAUAUAUAAAUAUAUAAAUAGAUAUAUAUAUUAUUUUUUUCCUGUAACGCACUAAGUCUUAGGUGUUUUUAGAAGCUCGUUUCUUAUAUUCAGAAUCACCAAUUUUAAUGAAAUACCCUCACAAAGACCCAGUUGACCAAAAAAAAAGCCUUUUUUUCUUCUUUUCUUUUUUCUUUCUUUUCUUUUUUUUCUUUUUCUUUUUGUACACGUAGCUUUGAGAGAAGCUGCCCUGUUGUGUUGCUGUGAUUUCAUCUUUUGUAACAUUUUAUUUCUUAUUCAAAAGUUUAUUAAAAAAAAAGAGAGAGAGAAAAGUUUUAUAUGGCUGGCAGUGGCAGAGCAGGAGAAGACUUCCUCCCUUGGCGGGAAGUGGUAUUUUCUUCCCAACCUGGGUUAGCCAAUGUAUGUUCUCAGCACUGUACAACAGUCCCUAUAUGAUACGGAGAAGCAAUAUCACUGUACGAAACUCACAUGAUGUAUUAUUAUAAUUAUUAUUAUUAUUAUUCACUAGCACCCUAGGUGUGAUAAUUGAAGUAAAUAUCUUUUAUACAAACACAGUGAUGUCUGGGUUGUCUUCCUUGGGACAGGCUGAACUCAAAAGCAGCAAACAUUUCUUCAGC